GGAUAAGCUCCGGCCUGAUGAGCCACUUGGCUCUUAUGCAGACUUUACUUACCUACCAUUAUUAUUAAUUAUAUCUUUUCCUCGUAUCGCGCACUGGCAAGUUUAAACUCACAGUUAUUCUGCUCCUGUUGUAGGCGCCUUCAAAGCUCAACCAGCUCUACUAAGAGCGUUGUAUCAGUCACGUUGAAGCGCUGAAUGUUUUCAAUCUCCUAUUGUGAACACAACUGCGAUAACAAUUUCCUUAUUUCUUACUGUAACUGCCCAGUAGAAGGUAGUCAGUCUCAUCGACGUGCGAUAGUGUACUAAGAGUCGUGAAGCAAACCUGCCAAAGACUUCACUGAUCAUGAAAAUUCGCAAUUUCUUAGUCAACGCACGUACACAAUACAUCAUUAACUUGAUUGAAUACCAUUCAUUACCAAUCAAUUCAUCCAAUUGCUUUCGCUAUCGCCAAUGAACUUUGAACAACUCGUCAAGAAACCCAUUCCUUUAUUCCUUACUCAAAGUUUGAGAGAUAUGGGCGUAUUAAGCAGCGGAAAAGACUCAAUCCUUGAUAUGGCGGUUUAAACUAAGCACUUCCUUUUGUUGUCUUUUGCUGCCCACUGGAGCCAUGCUUUACUGAGUGUUUUGAUGGCACUAUGACCAUACAUAAUCAAUUCCCAGAGGGCAUUCGAGUCCACGGAAGCCGGUCAAUUAGUUUGACUAAAGGUGUAUUGCACGUUCUGUUCUAAUUAAGAGCUUGUAUAUUAGAACAGUUUAAGCCGUGCUCGCGUGAAAAUAAUCACGAAAGAAAACUCCAGUUCUUGUAACGUGGCUUCAUCUAUGACCGCCUCGAGAGAAGUUAACGGUUUUUUUCGGCAAGAAAACUUAGGAUGAUCGAGUCGAGGCUCAGGUAAGUUAUUGACUACAAGUCGAGUUAUACUUUAACAGUAAUCUUUUUAUACCGUUUCGUUGAGUUAAAAGAUCAAUAACACGGGAUUUAUACUAGACGUAUGUGUUUAAGUGAGACGUAUUGCAGAAAAACACGAUCAUACGGCCGUAUUAUUACCCGACUUAAGACAUUACUAAUCGUUACAUCAAUUAGGAACUUCACAAUGACUAAGCUAGAUCAAUUGUUGCGACAGUUUUUCAGGAGAUUUUAGUCGGAAUGCAAAAUGGGAACACUGAGGUUUUACCCACAUCUUGCGACGACUUUUUCGCCAUUCCUGUUUCGCGCGAUUUCCACUAUGACCUCUGUUUUUUAUUACCUAAUAUGUACAAUGUGAUAAUGUGUCUAGUAUACGGUAUACUAGGAGGUGUUUGUGUAAUAUUAUAUAACACAGCCGAGAACUCCUGCCAUAAAAUUGGUGGUGAUACUCGCCCCUGCCAAACUUGGUGGGAAAACACUGAUUAAACACCGCUACUUUAGCACGCGCGACAGCGUAUGACAAGCAUGUUCUUAUGAAAGACGAUUUUAUGCCAGAAGUUUCACUCUUGAUUGUGCGGAAGAAAACUAAGUUCACGUUGACGAUGUAACUUAUUUUUCGUAAAGUCAGUCGUGUAAAGAAAUUGUUAUUUCACGCCAGCUCUCCCUCGACCAUACAUAUUUCAGUUUUACUUUACCAUAUCUGACCAUUUUGAUUGGCUCUUCAGCUUUCUCUGUUCUAGAUAACAUAAUUUUUUUGUUUUCAAUUAACACGUUCUGUUGUGUUUUGAAGUGGGAUAACACAUUAACUAUGAGUAAGCUCUGCCCAUUUGUCAAAAGCACCUCCUGUUUUCUCGACGCAGUAAAAGUUGUCACUUUUGUUUUUUAGGAUUCUGUUAGUUUCGGCCUCUAGGGUAGAUGUUCUUUUAUUACUAUGCAGGACAGCCAUUGUGUCAGUGUUAGAACUCGUUUAGGUUUAAUAUGUUUUGUUGUCCUUUGGCUAAAACAGUGCAGUCCUUGCCGGAUUAUUCUCAAAACACUGCUUCGCGUCAACUGCAAACUAUAAGUUUGUUUGUUCGCCUAGCCUUUUUAAUGUUCAUUCUAGUUAUACAAAAGUCAUGCCAUAUUGAUAUUUUUUGCGGAAAUAGAGGCUUUUUUGACCACAUCUUUUUUAACAAAAUAUUUUUUUUACAUGGUUCCAUUUGAAGCGGGACCUUUUAAUAGAGUUCCUUCUUAGUGCGGUGUUAUCCAUGAAAUUCAACAGUUUGCAAGGAAUAAGGCUGUUUUGAUAGGCCAACCGACGUGGAUAUUUUUCAGCGCGGAGAGACUCUGGAAACUGAGCCAGUGUCACUGAUUUCUGUACUAAAAUCGGCGCAAUAAUUCCAACACUAUCUAUUUUACAGUACGUGCGGUGUUCAAAGGACAUGACACCUUUAUUUCAAGGCAACAUGGCAACAAGACGCCUAAAGGACUAACAAGGGGCUUCCUCCAGUUAGCAAGGGGCCAAAGACUCCCACAGUUUAUAUCUUCUUCCUUCGUUUUAAAUUGACUGUGUACUGUUGAUCAAAAAUUGAAAUCGAAUUGUUAAUUUGAACUACACAGUUUAACUUCGUUGUUCACCUUCGAUUCCUCUGAUCAUAGUUAACAUAUAUAUGUUAAUUAUGUGUCACGUACCGCGGCGAUACUUGGUAUAGAAACUACUUUUCUGUUGCCACUCGGCAAAGUAUGAGCCAGAUUUGUCUGACGACGUUCACAUGCUGUAGAGCGGCGAACUUCGUUCUUUUUUCAUGUGUUAGCACAAAACUUUAAGAUGUGGACGUACUUUGUUUUCCUGUCAGUAUAAAGAAAGAACGCUUACAUGACCAUACACAGUGUAUUAUUUACGCGGCACAAAGAAAUUAUUACUUAUAAUGCUCUUUUAAUUGCGACAAGCUUUCAUUUCAUCAAGGAAGAGUCUCGCAAAGGAUGAGGUUGUUUAUGUAAAAUAUGGGAAUUGGCCAAGAUUUUCAAACUUCAGAGAGAACAGUUUAAUGAAGAGGCUUUUUUCGUUUGGCUGCUCUAAACAUAAGUUAAAUCCUUUAUACAGCUAAAUUCCCCAAGGUACCGAUAAUACCAAAAAUCAUUAUAAAGGAAUGCUAACGACGCAUGAAUAGAAACGAACUGGCUUUGUUCGUGAUCAGUGAAAAUAAAUACAUACCAGUGGAAUAACAGCUUUGAAAAUGUGUCACAUUUUGUAACUUACCUCCAACAUCUUUGGAUUUUUUGAGUGUAAAAGUACUCGCAGAAUCAUAUUCCGCUGUCGUCGCUCCAUUUGCAUUACCAUUUUGCUUACAGUUCAUUAAUAUUAAUUCAUGAACCAAAAAUUUCAGUACAACAAUUUAUUUACAAGUGAUUGUGUUUGCGAUGACAUAACUCUUUAAAUAAUGAGAUUCAGAAGUAAAUCACUCUAAAUCCAUGUUUUGUCUCCAUUUGGAUAUUACGGACAAUGACUAUAGGAUUACAGUAGAUUACAUUUUAAGAUGUACCUAAUAUCCCUCUUUAGCUAGAACAAAGCAAUGUUUGCUACAGAUGCCUGAAAACGUUAACUGUGCUGGCCAUCUGAAGGCAUUGAACUAUACCCUUGAGUGCCAAAAUAAUAUCGUUAAUGAUGGUUCACGGUGGAAAUGACUGUUGAAGACUUGGCGUGAAGAAGUCAAAUAUGUUGCUUUGAGCACGUGAGUAAACUGACUCUUCGUUCCGUACCGCACAUGGAGUGCUCCGUGCCGUGUCAGUGAAAAUACAGUCAAAGUUCCGGAAUCGUAAUAGAUGACUCUGCUUCUGAAUAGUGAAGGUCAAGCGAAGAAAACGAAAUUAUGUCGAUCACUGAAUGAAUUGUCAAACAAAUAUGAUAAGCAAACUCAUUUAUUACGAUGUAUGAAACCUCUGACGUCAAUUCCGGGGCUUGAGCCAAAUCUUACUGUACGCUUUAAUUGACUUCUGUUUUAAGAGUUAAUCACGUCGCUAUUAGGUAUAUUCUAUUAUGCAUUGAUAGCGCGUUUCAUGAGAAGUGAUCUACAUUUCAAGCUUUUUUGUCUUAUAUCGAUGUAUUAUUUCACAUGUUACAUCACAGUUUGAAACUAAACUGAAUGUAAAACUAUGUAUAACAAAUUUAUAGUCUGCUGCGUGAAAACAUAUUUACAAAGGCUAAUAAGCUUUUUAAGCUAAACUUCCCAGCAAGUAAUAGCAUUAUUUCACUUUCUCAGAGAGAGUUUGACAAAUUCAUGGUACACCCCCGGUGACAAAGUUUGUGAAUCAAUUUUAUCCGUCCAUUUGGCAGAUUAUCUUUGCACACUGUUCUAGAUCUCUAAUUGCAUCGUAAACCACUGUGGCAUAGACAUGGAUCUGAAAAAGUUCCUUCUAAACAACGCCAGUCUACAGUCCCGGCCAAGACGAAGGAGACAUAGCAUUGCCGAUGUACGUUUCUUUCACACUCUUCACGAUAUUCCGGAAAAACCCGAAGAGGAAGACACGGAUAAAGAGCGACGACGCUCAACUGGUAGCUUUAAACAGAGAGAAUUAAGGUCGAGGGCUGCGAGCGAACCGCCUUGUGAACCCACGCAAGAGUACUACGAAGGCACUAAGAAUGUUGAAUCCACUAGCGAAGCAAAUGGCACGAUAGCCUUUUCUUCCGGUGAUUGCAAUGUAGACGAAUCUCCACUUUAUAAGCGAUGCUUCUCUUUCGAGAAUUCCACAGAGGACAAUGAGCAUUUAAUAGAGGCUGUAUCCACAUACGUUCUGUCGUACACAGUUGAUGCAGGUGACGAUGCUUGCAAUACUGGUGAUGUUUCUCCGGCGACCACUGGGUCGUCCUCCCCUCAGGAGAGCUCCAAAGAAACAAGGGACCAAGAGUUAGCUCUGUCUGAGAUGCUCAGGAAAGUUGACACACCCAUGGCCCCUCAUCGAUCUCGACGAGGGAGUGUGAUUGACCCAGAUGUGUUAGAACGAAUAACCUCCCUGAAUCCCGUAGUAGAAUCUCGUCGAUCAAGCAGCAUUGCAAGUGUAUCAAUAAAUCUGAAUGGAUCACCCGAAGAUGGCGAUUGCAAGGUAGGGUCAGAACCAGGGUCGCGCCGUUCCUCCGCAAAGAAUACCGAUAACGACGAAGGCAUGCUUGGAAAGGUUCUUGUAUCUCCUCGCCUAACCAGGAGAGGGUCUUUGAGUGAUGUUCUGCUAUCACUGUCGCCUCAAUUCGACAAGAAAUCCGAUCAUGGUCGAGAAGAAACACCUGGCAACGAUGGAAAAUUCAGUUCAGCACUUCUAUUGCCACACGCAAAUGGUCACGUAAAAGAUCCAUGGAGACCACUUUCUCCUUUGAACUUCAACAAAGGUAAAAUUGAACGUGAUGAAAGUCCAAGUAUCCAAAGACAGGUUAAAAUUGAGAGUCAGGUUAAGAAGGAAAGCGAAAAUGCUCUUGGUAAAAUAAUGAAUUUUCCCAAUUUACUAAAACGUAGGGGUUCUCUUGGAGACGUUUUGCGUACGCUUUCUCCUCAAAUUGGCAGCUCAACAUCCAAAGUUGUUGGCAUCAAAACGUCUUUAAAACCUGCAGCUGAAAAGGAGCGCAAAUGCAACUGUCCAAGCAAGGACAAAGAUGGCAGGAGGAUAUUAAAAAGCCCGGCUCUAACUAGAAGGGGUUCCAUUGGAAAUGUCCUCAACACGCUGUCUCCAAACUCAGCUAAAAGAUGCCCGUCGCCAUCUGCUUUGACCAUUAAAUGCGACACUGAUGACGCUCAAUCAGAGAAGAGGUCACUCAUUGGACCAGAGGUGCCAAAGUCCAAAGAUGUUCAGGGGUCACCCAGUGAAGCUCGUCCCAAAGGUCUGCUGGCUAUCGUUCAGCAACACGUGAUCACCCACAGCCAGGCCAUGCAGCGGAAGCGGAGGAAUUCCAUUGCUUCUACCAAGCCGCCCACAGGAACUUUGGAAUUUUCCUUGAGAGAAUCGUUAGACACUGGAGAGUGGGGAAAUGAAAGUAACCCCGAAAACGAUCGUAAAUCAUCCGUCCUGAACACAGCAGCAUCUAUCAAGGAUUCCUUGUCAAACAAACACAACAAGGGCAACGACAACAGCAACAGCAAUAGCGUCAACGGUAACAACAUUAACACCGAAUCAAAAGAUAGUGCAAAGAGAUGUGGCCCAUCGGACGAUAUGCGCAACUCAAAUGGCCCUGGUAUGGUUCUCAAUCAUCAAGUGCAAGGUACAGCCAAAGACUCAAGUCCAUCUGAACUUAGCAAGUCCAAGGAAAAGUCUCACAUUAGAGCCGAUGGUGACGUUAAUUUUCCCGUGCCCAGGCAACUGGUUGCAAGCGAGAGUAUGGAUGUUCCUCGAGUGCAGUCUCCGCAGAGAAAAAUCAGCGCUCCACUUCCUGCGAGAAGCGUUGCGCCUCCUCAAAGGAAGAGCAGUGUCAACGUGAUUAAACGUCCUCCUAUCACCUUUGUGAUUCCAAACGAUACAUCUGGAAGAACAGAAGGGAGGGUAAAUCAACCGAAUUACCAACACUCAAGUGGUGUGGGGUUCGAUAAUUCGCGUUUCCUUCCAUUAAGCCAGGAGGAGGCUGAUGAUUAUUCCAGGAUCAAAAAAACAGAGGCAAGUAAGUCAGCCACGACUAAUUCGACCAUUACAAUGAGUUCGAGAGUGACUGUUCAUGGUGGAGGUGGAAAAGGGAUCGUGCGUAAACUUGGAAUAUCUCCGAAACAGCCGCCUCUAAACGAUUCCCUUCCCACGGAGGAAAGGUUUGCGGCACUCAGCGAGAGGUAUGCUUCUUUGAAGGCGAAACUCGAGGGAAGUGACAGUAAGCAGAAAACACAAGAUCCUUCUUCCAAACCUUCCGAAAAGAGUGAACAAAAUCCAAACACUGACGAUAAAUUAACCCAAUCGAAAUGCUGGACAACUGUCGAAAGUAUUCCACUUCAACAAUUUGCAGUUCAUCGAGUAUCUGAUAAACGUGUUGCUUCAAUCGAAGGUACAUUGACUGCCAAAGAUGGAGGUAAGCAAGGAACAGACAGCGAAGUAAACGGUAUUAAUUUGGAACCACGUACAGUCACAAGUAGUGAGUACAGCCACGUGAGUGGGAAAGAAUUGAUGGGCGUCAUGGAAACAACAAGCAAGACGAAUAGCAUCGAGAAUAGUCCUAACGUAGACGCGAAUAACAAUAUUACACCCAGUAUUGCCAAAAUACAAGUAGAGAAUGAUGGAGUGGAGGACAUUUCUUCUAUGGCUAAUGCCGGUAAAACAGCUCUUGACUUAAGACCCGACUCUCCAUCCCAACAGUCGAGAACAAAUGUUCUCGCAAAGCUGAUGAACAGAAAAAUGGGUCCCAGAAGAAAGCAAAGCAUUGUCCCUCGUGUGACGAAAAGAAGAUCGAAGAUUUAUACAGAGAGCGUUAGUGGUAGCAACAGUAUACCAGCGUCUGCAGCACAGUUUGAGAGGAUAAGAACGGUUGUCGAAAGUUCUGUCCUUCGUGCACCGGUACGACAGGAGGCUGUGAAUAUCCGAGAGCUGUUGAACGGCCUCUCUUCCUGUUUGACUGAAGUAGAGUUGGUCGCCAUUUGCAAAGAGUGUUCCAAGACGUUGCGGACCCUGGAUGCGCUGGGAAGUUUGCCUUCUUACGUGUCCCUGGAAACCGUAAUCAUCAACCCAAGUGGUACCAUCAAGUUCAAGCACCUCAGCACAGGAGUUUCUAUUGAUGACCUGUUCCUGGCUCCAGAAUACUCUAACAAGUUUGCAUCCGAGAAGACAUGUGUUUUCAGUCUGGCUGCCACCCUGUGGUCAGCAGCUGACUGGCGGUUGACAGAGGCAGAGAAACCAUCAUUAAGUCGCAGACUCCAAGAGCUGCUGGUAUCUAUGACAGAGGAUGCCCAGGAUGCCAGGCCAGGCUUGUAUGAUGUGCUACAAACAUGCGAAUCCUUACAGAACGAAGGUGAUAUGACGUCACGAGAAAGAUGCCAGGCUUUACUAUGGGAGUACCAGGCUUCCGAGGCCAUAGAAAAGGAUGACACCACAAAGAAAAAAACAGCAGAAGAGGAUAAGAAGCAUCACGACACUCUGAUGGGGUCGAUCUCUGUGGCGGCUUCAUUCAAAGGCUUUCUUAAACAAACGGCAAAGCCUGAAGAACGGAAUCCCUUCGUCAAGGCUCAAAAUAAGCAAGAACCGUCCAGUAAUGUCGAUUGGAAGCCCACUAAAGAAUUGCUAACGAACAAAGUAAUUCCCAAGUCAGAAGAAGCAAAAGUGGAGAAGAAUACUCUUGCAGAGGAUUCGCAAAAGGACAAAGUCACAUCUAGCGUUUGUUCGAAAGGCGAUAGGGAAAUCCCGUUAUCUGAUUCCACAAAUGACAAGUCUAACACUGUAAAUGAUGCGAAUAACAACCAAGACACUUCCACGGAACGCAAACGGGGCUAUUUCCUGACUGAGGAUCAAAAAGAACAGCUUUUAUCUCUUCUAGCAUCAGCUAAGCUGAACAAGAACCCUUUCUCUGCCGGUGAGAACGAUCAAGGAAGCGAGGAAUCGAGAAAGCCAGCAGAGGAGCGACCCAUUAAGCCUCCUUCGCCAUCCUUAUAUGUCUAUCCACACUACGGCCAAUCUGAAGCCCAGAUGAUGUUCAGCCCCAUAACGCCAGCUGGGCGUUCUGCCUCUCCAAGCGUGCAUUCUGAUGUAAGCGACAACCAAAUGCCUUCCGUCCCUAAUGCCACAUUUGUGCCUAUCGCCGUUGCUAUGCCCAGUGUAGCCCCUUUACCGAUGUCCCCAUUCUGGUACAUGCCCCAGGGAGGAAUAAUGCCUUAUCCUCAACAAGCCAUGUCCCCUAUGCCAUAUGUUUCUAAUGAUGCGUCCGUGACAUUGAAUCAGUCAGUUGUGUCAACAGAUAACGAUCUGAGUGAGGCCUCUGAUAUGGUACCUAGACCAAAGAAAACAAGCAGUACAAUACCAAGGUUUGAUAAAUCGGAAAGUUCAAAAUCAGACACAAAACAACAAACGAGGCUUUCCACUGCCCAAGAGAACAGCAAGGGGUCCAAGCUUCCUCGUCCCAUUUGGCAAACACCAAUUGCGAAGAGCAGAUCAACUCCAGUUGAAUCAGAAGCAAAUUCCAAUGUUGCUCGACGAAGGGUACCGAUAACUAGUGAAUCCAACGAACUUAGCGAAGAGAUCAAACUAGUUCGUGCGAAAACUCCUUCUCCUUCCUUGGGAAGACGAGCGUCUCCCAGAGAGGCGACUCCUCCUCGCUCCCAAACGCCUCCCGUUUACUGGAGAAGAGAGGGAUUGAACUUGUCAUCUGAUGAUAAACCCCUUACACGAGUAUCAACGGGUUCCUUCCCAAACUGGCGUCCCCCGAGCCCAUCUACCUCACAGGAUGGGCUGAGAAGAUCAAUCUCGUCUCCGUCAGGAUCGAGACCAGACAAUCCUGUGCAAAGACCCAGGACCCAUAGUAGACCAUCCAGCCCCGCAGGAUCACGAUCCGAUAGUCCCGUUUCCAUGCUUGUUUCGAAGUUCGAGCAAAUGUCUCAAGAGUCUGUAGACAACUCUCCAAGGGCUCGUUCUAACUCCGUGACGUCCAUGAUAUCAAAGUUUGGUUCUUCGUCUCUGGUACCUGAAGAUCGCAUUGUUAAGGGACAAUUUAAGCCCAAUCUUUCUGCCUCAGCUCCCCAGCCAGCUUCUAAGACUGGUCCUCUUCGUCCGUCGUCGAAGCGUGACGGAGCACAUCCCGCGUCAGAUCAUGAACUGUCAACUUCGAGGCCUGGUAUUCCUACCUCGUCUCGCGAUAGAACUAGGACAAGUGAGUCAUCAGACGACAGUGGGCGGUCAUCAGUCAGCAGUUCCGCUGAUCCCCGCGAAGUUCAACGCAGUGGAUCAGAUUCAGGUUCGACUGACGGCAGACAAACCAUGCUUUCUGUCGAAGGUCGGAAUCGCCUGUCAUCCUCCCAAGGAAGCCUUGACAUAGAGAAUGAAUCCACUGUUGAUAAAUGUCACGAGCCCAGAACAAGGCUGUUAGAGAACAUAAGGAGAUGGACGUCUCAAGAGAAUAUCAUGAGAGACAGUAGCCCAUCAAAUGUUCUUGGGAAGAACGUCCAAGAGCGUUUAGUAUCUGGGCUCUCUUUGACUAACGAUUAUCCGACUAAAAAGAAUAAGGUGGAUGAGAAAUAUAGUUCAAAGACAACGAAAGAAAGAAGCCCAUCUGGCAAUGUCUCUUCCACUCCUUCCGGGAGAGGUUCAUCAAGUACUGAUCUAAGAAAUGAUUACCUUAUCAAGCCAAAUCACACAUCCGAAAAUUUGUCGAAACCCUGGCAAACCAAAGAUGGCUCGUCAAACGAACUUACUAGAAAAUCGUCUCUUGAUUCUGAACCAGUCCGAGAAAAAGGCUCGCCGCGAACAAAACCAAGGAAUCUGUGCUUUCUUCCAGAAAGAGACCCUUCUAUUCAAUAUUGCGAUGUCAAAAGUCCUAAGGACCUCCUCUGUUCUCCGACAUCAAACGCUCAUAAGUUUGAGAUCCCCGUGGAUUUGGCAAUUUUAGAAGCCACAAGGCCGACAGUUUCUUGUCCAGUGAGUUCUGUGGGCGGAUUUGGUUUGCCAUAUGGUGGUGUGGAUGGAACUAUUCUUUUUCCUACGUUUCCUUUAAGUCCAGGAUCACUGAAGGAUUUUAAGCCAUCAAACUACUUUACAAACGUCACUUUAAAAUGCGGGGAAAUGGAACCUGAGCGAGACACAAACUGUCUUCCAAAGAGAUCUUCUCGUGACAGUAUAGAAGGUGCUAGCUCUGAUACGGUCACAAAUAGGAGAAAUGCAUCGGAUAACUAUGUGAAGCGAUUCGAGAGAAAAAUCCUUCGCAGCACGGGUGAUAUUGAGAACGAAGACCCUCUUCCAAGCUCCGCUAACGGUACACUUGAAGGUUUAAACUGCAGGGACGCUAAAACUGCUGACAAUGUCAGCAAAAAUUGUUCAACUCUGACUGGAAAUCCAAACACUAAAAUGGAUACUAAAAGUAAUCCUGGGCUUGGCCCAGGAUGUUCUUCGACAGUCAAAAGCUCGUGUGGUCUUUCUACGACCCAAGGGUCAUCAACUACCCCACUGACUUCAGAGGAUUCCCAGACUCCAAGAACGCAAUCUAGAACCGAUCAAAUUGUGAGGUCAAGGCAUCCAUCAGGUGACAGUCCUUCUUUGAAAGACAAUGCUUCUCCGUCCAGAAAUCCUCCGUCACCAAUGUCACUUAGAAAACUUGUCUCAAAUCCUAUGCCUCAGAAGCAAACUACUUCGGAAACCAGAACCUCGAGAUCCAAACGAAAUUCACUACCUACUUCACAACCCAUCAAUCUUUUAGGAAACCGCGAUUCUUCAAGCCUUCCGCGGAACGGUCCGCUGCCGAAAAGUUCAUCGCAAACUAAUUUAUCACGUAGCCCAAAACAAGUCCACAAAAGCUCUUCACAGGACAGUUUAUCGGUACAUCAAACAGCGUCAGACUUUUCCAGGAGUUUCCUGGGGGAAGGAUCUGUUUUACAUCGAAGGAAGGACAACGGAAAUGUCGGUAAAAAUGAUCCACAUUCCAAAGCUGUUUCUACGAGUAAUCCUCAUGCGAAGGGAAACGACGUAACAAGUUCUAAUGCAAAUACAAACCCUGGAAACCCCCAUCUAUCAAUAGAGAGACACGGGGCCAAAGAAUGCUCAAGAGAAAGGAACCUUUACUCUUCCAAUCCGCAUUAUCAGGGCAAUAAAACCACAAGCAGCACAUCCUCUUCGUCAGCAUCAAGUCCUUUAAGGUACCCUUACACUCGAAGGGGAAGCACCCCUGCCAAAGGUAGCGCUACUAUCAAACCUCCUCCCAAAGCAGCCAGCAAUCCCACCUCUCCCCUCUACCCGAAGUCACCAAAAGGGCACAUUGAGUUCUUUGGGGCAGCCGGGGCUACCUAUCCUGGCAACCCAAGUGGGUCACCUAAUGCACGAGAUCCAAAACUGGAGCAGAAGGAAUUAAGAGGAGGUCAGCAUAACCCAGAGACACGGCAGCGAGGUCAAAGCAGCGAAGAGAGAAGUGGUCCGGCCAACCCUUCAGAGAGAGUCUCCAAAUCGUCUUUGUUCUCUGUUUUACCUACUGAAGAUCAAUUCUCAGAAAACUUGAGUUCUGUGGAUACUCCUAGAGAUUCAGAUGUAUUCUACGUUCCCUCCUCUGAGGAAACUUUGUCUAAACGUAGAGCGACAUCAGGGAAAACUAACAAGCGAUUUCCGAGUAGCUCCUCCUCCGAUAGUGGAUUAAACAUGUCAGAUCCUGACGAGACUCAAAAACGUAGCGGAAAGGAGAGUAAGGGUAAUCGACUGAAAUCUCCUCCUACCUCUCCGUUGCAUUCGCCCUCGCCAACAUCUCCAAAGUUUCUGACAGGUACCAGUAUUUUCUAUGAUCCGAUAGAGCAACAAAAUCCCGUUCCCUCGUCAGAAAAAGGGUCAAGUGUUGCACUGAAAGAUCCAGCAAAUGUGGCUGUUCUAUCUAGAAGUGUUCAACCCGAGGAUGCUUCAAAUCCCUUUCAGACCUCAUCGGCAAAAUCUGACAGAUCCCCGACCAAAAUGGCACCAAGUGAUAGCGAUAAGUUCAAGAAUCUUAAAGGCGACGUGUCCAAAAUGACGGAUAAGCGCUCUGUGGACUCCAGUGAAUGCUCUAACAGUCAUUCGGAAAAAUCUAGAGAAGUACCUUCAGCCGUGAAGUUAGCGGCGCUCGCUCAUACCGGGAAGUCAACUCCCAAAGAGUUUGUUGCUGCUUCUACGCCACCUCCCGACAUUUCAGGCAGAACUUCCAGCAAAAGCCCUCCUUCCUCGUCAAAAGUCGAUUCUAAGGAGCUCCUAGGCCAACUAGUUAAGAAGGUGUUAAAUUCAGCCGCAGUUAAGCAAGGUUCUUCUCCAAAGGCCUCGUUUGCUGAAUCAGCGAUUCCAGCGGCAAAGGAAGGUGUCAAGGGAAAGCGCCCACAAGGAAAAAUGUUUUUCUUGCCAGAUGAGACGAUAGAAGCGGUAGAAAAGGAAAAAAUAAGUCGCCAGGGGCAAACUCCAACAGGCAGUAGCUCAAACCAUAAACCAAGACUGUCAGAUUCUGAUAAAGCUUCAAAGAAAAAGGAGCAAGAACUUUUAGAUUCAAAAGAAAGCACUACUGUGCGAAAUCAAGAAGACGUUGCUUCUGCUGUUAGCCCUCGAUCGUUUCCUGUGGUCGAUAUUGAAACAACUAUCUCUCCCAGUAAUGCUUCAAAGGAUGAGAGUUCUUCGCCCGAGGUGUUGUCCUCCAGUGUGUCUUCGUCAGAGGAGAAGGGUGUUCUCUCCAAGAUUAUCGACAUGAUACACGACGAGUUUGCAUUUGAUGGCUACAUGGAUGAUGGAGUGGAAGACGUCAAUAUGGCUGAGUAUGUGCUGUCUUUGGCCGGAAUGAGCGAGGAAAACUUCAAAGAGGCCAUUACCGAUCAGUACAAUGAUUUGUAUUGGGACGAGGACCUUCUUCAUGAUAUGUACGAAGCUGUCACAGGCGGAGAACAGAGUAGAAGGCCAACCUUGCAAUUCUCUGAGAGCACUGUCAGUGACAUCAACCCUCCGGAGUCUAUCAACCUGUCUCGCGAGGAAUCCCACCUCAGUCUGGAGCCUUUGUAUUUUAACUCCAUCUCCAGAAGCAGCAGUGAGAGGAGCGGGACUGGGGCGAAGGACAUUCUCAUGUCUCCGCUAGGAGAAGCUACCGAGUUUCUGCCCAUCAAAAUUAUUGCUCCUGAAAUGCAAGCGGACAUCCAAGAAUUGUUAACACCUAUUUUUGACGACUAUCACAGAGUAAUGGGAGUCAAACUGGCAACGAGCGUGGAGGAUCUGACGGAAAAACUGGGAACUAAAAUUAUGGAAAUCUCUCAGCAGCUAAUGUUGGAGCGAAGAGCUAAGAAAAAGAGCAUGAAUUCCUACAACAAGAUGGCGGAUGUGGAGAAUAAGAAAGAUGUGAAAGACCUGGCCUCUAAACUGGUCAACGAAAUCGAGGAAUGUGAUAAGAAAAUUAUUUACUUAAAAAAUGUUCAACGACAAUUGAGGAGUGUGUACGCCGAGCGCUUUGGAGUAGAUACAUCGCUACUGUAUUCAUUUCUUGUGAGCUAUAACAAGAGCUGUGUGACGUUAGUACCGGAGUUGAAUAAUAGCUUCUUAAACUUUUCUCCGAUAUGGAACCAGAGGGUGAAUGAAAGCACAGAUAUCGUAGAUGAGUCACUAACUGGCCCCUCCCUUCAAUCAGGGACCAAACUUGGCUUGUUCUCUUAUCUCUUCGACAGACACGCCAUGAGUCAGGCUUAUGUACGAUACUUUCUUUACACUUUCCGUUACGUUUCCACUGCUCAAGAACUGUUCUCUUUCAUCAGAGAAAAAUGCUCAGCCUCUCUAAGAACGGACUCCUCUGGUCAGGUGUAUAACCAUCAGCUUCAGAUCCGAUACCGUGCUCUGGACCUGUUGUCUGAGUGGAUUGAUGGUUACUAUCGGUUUGACUUUAAAACAAAUCCCAGUCUUAUCAAAGAGCUGCUUGCAUUUGUUAAAGAUGAGUUGAUUCUCGUGGAUAGAAGCGAAAGAGGUCAUUACUUGAUGGAACUUAUUACAGAGAAACAGAAAAGGGAUUCAAACAAUAACAUAUGGUCAGAUGAACCCAGUGAUUUCGUGGCUGUACUGCAGCUAGAGGACCCCCAAGCAUCGUAG